GGUACAUUUACAGUACAAAUGGCGUCUUACUGUCCACCGCCAUUCCUGCGACCUGUAGGCAGGCUGACGAUAUCUGCAUUUCAAGCGCUUACUGGUGCAAGCCUCGCCGGAGGCCUGCUAUCUAGCUCUUGCUGCGUGGUGCAGCUAGUGCUUAAUCACCUUCAACUCGGCUGUGCCGGCUUUGCUGUCCUUACGCCAUGGAGGACACAUUUCCGGACGUUGACCUUGUUGGCUCUGGGACACCUUUUUUACCGCGACGGCGUCAGCAGGCGCAGUAUGCUUACCAUGGCUCUAUCGCUUAGCCUCAUGUUCAGCCAAGACGUGGUCCGUUACAGUAACACAGCGUCCGGUUUUCCACGGCUCAAAGCUCCUCCGUCGUCAGCACCAGCUUCCCCGGCAUCUGGAUCGUCGGACCUGCAAAGCUCCCUCCCGCAAACUGAUUCCAGCGACGGUCUGUAUUCCCGAGUUAGCUUGGACGCUACCCAAGCUACGAGCGUAGAGCCCAGGGUAUCUGAUGCCGCUCCUGCGUCCUCAGCAACAAACAGCGACACAAUUGGUGCAAAGCAAGACCCUUUAGCACCCCCGAAAGAUAAGACAACGUCUGCUUCAGGGGGAGGCCUGGCGUCUCAAGGAUCAUCACCAACAGCACCGGAAAGCGUCACCCGAAACCAGCCGAAGGCGGAAGCAAAGACGCUUUACCUUCGUUUUGAGGUGGAGGGCAUUAAGUGCGAGGGCUGUGCCGCGAGACUGAAGGCCGCGUUGCUGCGGCAACCCGGCGUGAUUGGCUGCGGCGUUGACUUUGGGGGCAAGCAGGUGCAGGUGUGGGGCCGGGUGGGCGAUAUGAAGCCAGCAAUGGUGCAUGCAGCCAUGAGGCUGGUUGAUUUGUCGUACAAGCCCACGCUUGUGGAGAGCUGGGAGGUAUGAACAAGUGCACUGGUAAGGUGCACAUGCAGUGAACAUGCGCUAACUGUUGUCGUUUGGGGAUGCAAGUAGGAGGUAUGGGGGCGUUGGAGAAGGCGUUGAUAACCAUGCAAUUGCGUGGGUGUACGUAUGAAUGCACGCAACCUUGCUGGUUACAUCAUCUCCUUUGUUUUGGGUGCCGGUUGACUGGUCGGCAGGGCAUUUGCCCUGGUUUGUUGCAUCUUUGCAUCUUGAUUAAUUCUUACAGCUAGGAGUGAGUGAUGAACUGGUGGUGCUCAGGAUGGCUGCAUGCUCGGGGGAAGCUGAUGCAUGUGCUGCUGGGUAAGAAGGAGCGUCCGCGGACUGUCGUGAGGGCCAUUGCCACGCAACUUGCUAGGCAGUGGUGCUUUUUCGUUUGUAUGAUAGCUGGGUGGUGCUGCACCUUGCAUGACUGGGGUCUGCAGGAGUGAGGCCUUGUUGGGAGGAGUUCCGCAUGUUCAUAACGAGUAAGGACUAACGAAGAUUGGGAAGGACGUACCGGCAGGUGCAGGGUCAUGCAUACGGGCGAUAACAAGUGCACGGUGUACAUUUGCGAAUUGCGUACAAGAGGCUAAGGCUCGCAUGCGUUUCGAACGGGGUUGCAGCAUGUGUUGUGAUGCGACCUAAGUACCGGUACCUCUAAAAGUGCUAAUGAAGACCCAUGAAUGACUUGCCCUUUCCUAAGUCGUGCCCGCCAUCUAGCGGCCGUGUUGUCGUACUUUCCGUGUUUCUCUGGCCUUGUGUUUUGCCUGUGUUUCUUCCUUGUUUUCGUAUGUCGGUGCUCCCAGCAUGCAGCAAGCCAUGCCCCUUACUAGCCUUGUGGGCUGUGGGCAAUCCGCUUACCACAUAACGGGGUAACUGCCGUUCUGGUAGCCUUCGUCCUCAUCCUGAAGACGCCGCUGGGUUCACUGCAACACUGUUCACAUCUGUUGGGUAGGAUUGAUAGGAUUGAAUAAAUUUUGAAUAAAAGCUUCUGCUAACACGUGCCCCUCUAUGGGCAGGGUGGCCUGCUUGUGUGGUUGUAUGAGCGUUCGAGUAUUCCGGCUGGUGUUUGCCGCUCUGUUGUUGUUUAUGUGCUUACUGCUGAAGGUGUGCACGUCCACCGCGCUCCAGACAUGGGAGGAAGCUUCCAUUGGUCUAUCGCACCAACUGCGCUGUGUGUUGGGGCUACAUUCUGCUUUAUUGCUAUAACGCCGGUAUGUGAUCUUUCCUGAGGUGCAGACGCGUGAAGUGGACUAUGGGAUGCAGUCGCAGAAGAGGAAGACCGUAUGGUGGGUGGGUCGUUACUCGGCUAACGAUAAAUAAAAAGGUGUUCAUGCGGGGAACGUGACCACGCUUCAAAAUUGUAGCCGUUUCUUUCUUGACGCGCACGCCCUCCUGCAUCCUGUUAAGCACCGAACAUAGAAGUGGACUGCCAAACAGAGAUCCGCUGUCCCGCACCCACAACUAGACCUGCGUCUUCCAGCAAUGUGGAGAGAACCCUCGUUUGUAACGCAGUACUGGCG